AUGACUUACGACCAGAACACGUUUGCUGCCUUUUACUGGCUGCCGGAAGAAGACCCAGCCAACAUCAUCACGAUAUCCAGCGACGACGACGAUGGUGGCGUCUCUGAUGCUGAAAGGCGGUACCCGGACCUUGAACAGGAACCCCCAAGAGACACAGAACCGAGCCCCGAGGACCAGGCCGCCUCGGCGGCAUUCCGGAAAGCCAUCAGCGCCAGCAUGCCCAUCUACCUGACCGGCUGGCCCGAGCGGCACCACCUUCGCGCCGCCGCCGUCCGGCGGCUCGAGUGCGCCCUGUGCGCUGGCGCGGCUCUCGAUGCGGUCUUCAUCGACGACCACGGACUGCCCGCGUGGCCCGGCUGCGUGUGGGACCCCGAGGCGCAGUCGCUGCACGACGUCGUGCAGGAGCGGCUCCGCGAGUGCCAGGACGCCUGGGCGCUCGGCGCGCGGCUGCGCGCGGUGCUCGUGCAGCUCGGCAACGAGCGUCUUGCGGAAGCGCGCCGGAUGGGAGUGCAGCUGGAGGACCUGAAAAUUGGCGAGGACUUGCUGCCGACGUGGCGCGGCCGGGAUGCGGACGAGGACGGUGCGGCGAGCGACGGCGACGGAGACACCAUGAUGGAGGUGGGCAGCAGCGUGCACAGCGAAGACUUGCCGCUGCUGUGGUCUGACAGUCCGGCGCGGGAGACGAAGGAGGAGGAGGAGGAGGAGGAGGAGGCGCAGGCGGUCGUCGACGGCGGUCAGCCUGCGAGCGCGUGGAGCUCCGACUCGGAGACUGAGGACUCGGCGCCGCCGUCCGUGUCCGACGACGACGACGACACGGACCUCUUCAACUUUGUGGCGCAGCUGUCCGACGACCUGGAAUACCACGACGCCGAGGCCCCGCACACCAACGUCAUCCACAACGUCGACGUCUUUGGCGCCUCGUUUCCCGUCGACGGGCCCGUUGACUUUGAGGUGUACCUCGUUGAAGACGACCCGGAAGUGGCGGCACUGCCCGAGGUCGAGCUGGCGGUAGACGAGGAGGCGUUUGCGCACCACUACGGCCUGGACGAUGUCGUUGCUAUUGAGCUGGGCGAGGACGGGCUGUACUUUGUGACUCCGCAGAACGACGGCGAGCCCCAGUCGGAGGAGGGAACGCAGGAUUUGGCCAAGGAGGACUCGCCAAACGAGCCUGUCCUGCCGCCGCCGAGUGACAGGGAGGCGGACAUGGAGGCGGGAUGGGUCGUGCUCUAG